GCAGCGGAAGUGGAGCGCUUGAGUGUAAACAGACCGUCGAGCAGCGCAUGAUGGGCUCAACCGGAGCGAAAUGCGCGCUUCUAGCCGCUCUUUGCGGUGUGUGUCAGGCGCUGCAGGGCGGCAUGCUGUUUCCCACAGAGUCUCCCUCCAGAGAAGUGAAGGACGUGAGCGGCCUGUGGAGCUUCCGAGCGGAUCUCUCUCCGGAGCGGAACCGCGGCUUUGAGCAGCAGUGGUACCGGAGUCCGCUGGCGGAGACGGGGCCUGUUAUUGACAUGCCGGUGCCAUCCAGCUACAAUGACAUCACACAAGACGCCAAAAUCCGGGAUUUCAUUGGCUGGGUGUGGUAUGAGAAGGACGUAUGGGUGCCGGCGCGCUGGAUCCAGGACCGGGGAGCGCGGAUCGUGCUCCGAGUGGGAAGCGCUCACUAUUACUCAGUGCUUUGGGUGAACGGGGUCGAGAUGACCGAGCACGAGGGCGGUCAUCUCCCGUUUGAGGCGGACAUCAGCGGCGCGCUGCGGCAGACGAGCGGGAAUCCGUGUCGAAUCACCAUCGCUGUGAACAACACUUUGACUCUAGAGACGCUUCCACCGGGAACCAUCCAGUACAUGAACGAUCGCAGCAGAUACCCUGCUGGCUACUUCGUUCAGAACACUAACUUUGAUUUCUUCAACUACGCUGGAAUACACCGGCCGGUCCUGCUGUACACCACACCGAAGGCGCACAUUGAUGACAUCUCAGUGGAGACGGCGUUCUCUGAUAACAUCGGGCUGGUCAGUUUUAACGUGUCCGUGUUGGGCUGCUCUAAAGCCGCUGUGAAAGUCACGCUCUCGGCUCAAGACGGCAGAUGUGUGGCUUCGGCCGACGGCUCCAGAGGAGUGCUCAAAGUCACAGACGUCAGCCUCUGGUGGCCGUAUCUGAUGCACGAAAACCCAGCUUACCUUUACUCCAUGGAGGUUCAGGCGACAGCAGAGGACGGACAGACGGAUGUCUACACUCUUCCUGUGGGAAUUCGCACCGUUAAAGUCACCAGCACACAGUUUCUCAUCAACAACAAGCCGUUUUACUUCCACGGGGUCAACAAACACGAGGACGCAGACAUCCGAGGGAAAGGCUUCGACUGGCCUCUGGUGGUGAAGGACUUUAACCUGAUGAAGUGGAUGGGAGUGAACUCGUUCCGCACCAGUCACUAUCCCUACGCCGAGGAGAUCUUGCAGAUGGCUGACCGGCACGGCAUCGUCAUCAUAGACGAGUGUCCUGGAGUGGGAAUCAAAGACAUACGCAGUUUCGGGAAUGUUUCUCUGGCUCAUCACCUGACGGUCAUGGAGGAGCUGGUCAGGCGUGAUAAGAACCAUCCGUCUGUGGUCAUGUGGUCUGUGGCCAAUGAGCCGGCCUCAGAAAUGCCGCCCGCUGGAUUCUACUUCAAGGAACUGGUGUCUCAUACGAAAUCUCUGGAUUCCUCCCGGCCCGUCACGUACAUCACAGACAGCAACUAUGCCAGAGAUCAAGGGGCGCAGUAUGUGGACGUUAUCUGUGUGAACAGCUAUUUGUCGUGGUAUCAUGACCCGGGUCACACAGAGCUCAUCAGUCUUCAGCUCAACACUCAGUUUGAUGACUGGUACGACAAAUACCAGAAACCCAUCAUCCAGAGCGAGUACGGAGCGGACGCCGUGCCCGGCCUACACAGCGAUCCACCCAUGAUGUUCACAGAGGAGUAUCAGACGACGGUCCUGCAGAACUACCACAACGUGUUCGACCAGAAGAGGAAGGAGUUCGUGAUUGGAGAGCUGAUCUGGAACUUCGCCGACUUCAUGACGGCUCAAACCAUCACUCGAGUGGUUGGGAAUAAGAAGGGAAUCUUCACUCGGCAGCGUCAGCCCAAAGCCGGAGCGCUUCUGCUGCGAGAGCGAUACUGGAGGAUCGCCAAUGAGACGGGUGUGCUGCCCACCUGGGCCAGGUAUCCCUGCCAGUGAGCCGGAUUAGCUGCUUCCUGUUCAGGAAAACCAGGUGAAAAUGGACUGUUUAUCAAGUGCCUUAUAUGUGCCCCACUGACAAUCACACCUGUGGGGAAAACACACAGAUCUGUUCUUAAAGGUGUGAUUGUGUGAUGAAUCCAUAUGCUGUUUGUUCUUUGUAAAGACACUUUAUUGUUUUUAUUUCAAAAGUCCUGAAUCGCAACAACACUAUUAAACUGGAACAGGCAUAUUUUUUCCUAAAUGUGCCUUUUUUCAGCCUCUGGGAUUCAUAUUGUGAACGUUUGCAAUGAUAUAUUUUUUUGAUAAUGAGUUAAUCUCAUGAAACCUGCCAUGAACAUGUCCAGGUCACA